AUGUGCUGGUCCACCACCCUCGUCCACAAAUGCAGCCUCUCCACCUGUCCCGCGCCCUCCCUAGCCUUCAAAGAAUUCAAAGCGAUAUCGCCAUGCUCGAACCGCGAGAACCUGGGAAGGCACAUGCCUUGGCCGAGGGGAUGCUCCUUUUGUAGGAACGUCUACGGCGUGCAGAAUCCCAGUCCGCAUAACACGCCGUUCGAUCAUCGGAUCGUGCAGGAGAAUCCCCUCGUGGUGAGGAGGUCGGUUUGUCUGGCGUGUCGGGGGAGGGAGGGUAUCCACGAUCUGGGUAUUCCCAGGAAUGACGAGCAGGAAGUCCUCCAUCCCUCGGAUCUCACAAAGAUAUUCUGCACGAUCCUGAAAAUCCCCCACCCCCGAACUAUCGACCUAGCAGGCGCAAUCGCCAGCACCCUCGAUCCCAUCCGCCUUCGAAACGGCCUUGCGCCGCACGCCUUCACAGCAGCCUGCAUCUUCGCCGCCUCACAUAUCGCACCCUGCCCCGAACCAAUCCCCAUCGACCACCUAAUCACCACCUUCAACCUCAAAACCCGCACCUGGUUCCUCCACGCCUACGCCACGCUCUUCACACACCGGCACCUCAUCGCCGAAGCAGGCGCCGUGCGGCACCCCGCCAUCCUCUCCGCCAUGCCGAAACCGUGCUGUCUACGCCCGCAAACGAGACAUUGCCCACGCGGCAAGAACAAAUGGGGGUUCGAAGAGGAUCGCUGCACGGCGACGCAGGAAGGCGGACUGCAUGUUAUAGGCGCGUAUGUGGGCUUUCGGAAUUGGUUGCAGGAUGGCGGGUUGCCGUUGAAUGUUACGAGGGAGAAGUAUUAUUCUGAGAGCGAUUUGGUGUUGUUGAGGAGUGAGAGGUUGCCUGGGCAGGUGGAGGGUUGA